UAACGCGUCUCUUCACGCGCCUCUCGAAAAACGCCCUCCUGCUCCACACAGCCUCCCGUCGUACAACUGAGCAGGGGCGCCACGCGAAAUGGAAAGAGGCCCACCGGCCACCGGCGUCGAGCCACAAACCGUGUCCCAGGCCGCCCGAACCGGCACAGCGUCCGUUUCACCAAUCCCCCGGCCGGCAACCCGUUCCGGCGCGCGAAAAGAAAAAAUAAAAAUAAAAAAAAGGAAGGAUUCGUCCCUGAGCUGCAGUCGGAACGGAGGAUCAUCUCAUCAAUGUCAGACGACCUUCCGCCCUACGCCUUCCCAAUGGGCUCGCCUCUUCCACGCCCCGAGCGUCGCCCUAACCUCUUUAGGUAAUUCGACGGACAUACCGUCCGCUUUACGCCCGAGGUCGUCUAUACCUAGUCUUUGGUUCUCGCGCCGUGAAUAUCUCCGUCUUUCUAUAAGGCUGUGCCGGCGCCAGUUCCCGUCCCGUUCGCUCUGCAACUACUUAAAACGGUACUUCAAUCCAUCGACCUCCCAUCCCAAGACCGCGAUCUUGACUUCCACAGAACGCUUGCCCACCUGCCCCACCUCCCCGCAGCUCCCUGCCGCCCACUGCCCCACUCAUGGACUACUUACGCCAUCGCUCUACGCCGCUACUGGCGUCCGGACCCACAGCUUAGAUGGUCCUUUAUGCUCUAACAUCGUUCUCCCAUAUUCAAUUUCACCGCUCAGCGCAUCUGGCUAAUCAGUACCCAAUCGAGGUCCGCGCGACACACUCUGAUAGGACCGGUUCGCUGAACGGUGAAAUUCUGAUAUAGGUGAGGAACGUAAGAGCCACUAUUGUACGGAUCCGUACUUAAGACCGACAGUAGAUUCAUAAACCUCUUCCUC